AUGCGCAGCCGCAGCCACAGCCGCAGCCACAGCCGCCUCAGCCGCAGCCGCAGCCACAGCCGCAGCCACAGCCACAGCCGCCUCAGCCACAGCCGCCUCAGCCGCAGCCGCCUCAGCCACAGCCGCCUCAGCCACAGCCGCCUCAGCCGCAGCCGCCUCAGCCACAGCCGCCUCAGCCAUGAAAGGGUUCUGGAGGCGCUCGGAGCUGUGGUCUGGAGGAAUGACGCUGCUUCUUCAUCAAAACAUGUGUUAUUGUAG